AUGACCACCAAAACCUUCCUUCCUGUUCUCCUGGCUGUUCUUGUCAUUGAUUUGUUAUGUUUCACGUCAAUUCUACCCCUUUUUCCAUCUAUUUUUGAAGAAUACAGUAAGAAUAAAGAACAGGUAACUUUUUUUUCGUCGGUUUAAAAUUUCUAGUUCAUUCUUGGCAUUCUUAGUUAUGUAUGCAUAUAUUAUGUACAUCAAAUCUUUCAGGAUUGGUUAUACAGCAAAUUCGAAUCGUACGCUUCGCAACUGCAGAAUUUCAUAAACAUCCCCGUUACUUCCCGCUACAACAAUGUUGUCUUUGCGGGGAUUCUGGGAUCUGUCUUUAGUUUUCUACAGUAUUUAUCAUCUCCAUUUCUUGGGAGUUUAUCAGAUAAAUAUGGAAGGAAGUUAAUUUUUAUCAUAUCCGUUGUAGGGUCGCUCAUUUCGUAUAUGGUAGGUCAACCACAAGCAAGUGAUACUUUUUAGUUAUGGGCAUUUUCUUCCAAUUUCACGAUCUUCACGCUCUCCAGAAUCACCGGAGGUCUCUCAAAAGCGAGUGUUUCUAUUGUCAUCACAAUUGUAACGGAUAUUUAUCCUCCCGAGAGCAGGGGGAAAGGAAUGGUAAGAUCAGAGAUAUUACGUCACAUUACGCAACGAACGCUUGAUGUUAUUACGCAAUCUCAUCUUUUAGGCAUAUGUCGGGAUGUCAUUUUCUUUGGCAUUUAUGGCCGGCCCAAUGAUCGGAGCUUUCUUUUCAAGCAGAAUCCAUGGUGCUAACAUCAACUUUUAUCCGGCGUUAUUCUCGAUAAUAUUGACUAUCAUCGAAUUGUUCCUCAUAUUAUUUUACUUGCCCGAAACAAACAAAUCAAAAGUAAGUUUGAUAAUUAAAUUUAACUAAAGACUCCCUUUCAGUCGUCUGCAGAAAACUCAGCGAACUGGAAGGAGUACAUAAAUCCCCGAUCUCUUAUCACAUUCAAUAUUUUGGGACCUCAAUUAUCAUCGCAGUUACGAAUAUACGGAAUUGUUUACUUUUUGUAUUUAUUUAUUUACUCAGGAUGUGAAUUCACAAUAUCCUUUUUAACGCAUCAAAGAUUUGGGUAUACGAGUGCUGAUCAAGGGAAGAUGUAUUUCUUGACGGGUAUUUUGAUGAUGCUUAUUCAAGGUGAGUUAACCAAAUAUAAACGUAUGUCUUUAGGAGGGUUUGUACGACGGAUUCCAAAAGAAAAACAGAAGUGGGGAGUGAUGCUGGGUGUUGCUACGAUAAUCCCAACGUAUAUUGUGAUGAGUCUGGCCUUUUCCCAAACAAUCUUUUACAUCUCUCUCAUCUUGUAUGCCAUAGGUAAGAGGGCUUGUCCAUAAUGUAAUGUCUUCCUGCAGCGUCUGCGAUGGUCGUCCCUUGUCUGACCGCUCUGGUGGCCAAUAUUUGUCCGGAGCAGCAGAAAGGCCUAUGUAUGGGGGUGUUUCGAAGUCUGGGUGCGCUUUCUCGAGCCUUCGGACCUCUUAGUGGAUCAAUUCGUAAGUGUUUUAUCUGACAAUUAGUUUCAUGCUCCUUUUCUUCAGUGUUCUGGCUUCUGGGUCCCACUGCUGCCUACUUUGUCAGUGGGGUCCUUCUCUGUGUCCCAGCUCUUUUGUUUUACCGUCAACUUCUGAAUGAGACCAAGAAAGCAGCCUAA